AUGAAUAUUGAAACAACAAAGACAGCAACAACACAACUGUUGAAUGAAUAUUACCAAAUCAGCACUCAAGCCAUACCAACACAGAGAGUCAAGUCUGAAUGGCAGGAUGACAACAAGCGAGGUUUGUUUUUGGGAAUCAUCCAAGAGGGAGAAACCUCACACAUCACUCGACUGCACAACCUGCUGACUGCCAACCAAUUUGCAGAGCAGCAGGAAUUCUCAACCAAGAUCCAGUUGGCAGACCCAGAACAUCAUUCUGUCACUCCAGUUUCAUCAAAUCCAACAUCAAGAACCAACUCUGAUGAUCUGGACUAUGUUGCAAAAGUGAGUGAGCUACAGCACAAGGACUUGAACAAGGUGGUUGAAAAGAGAGACAGUGUCUGCUUGUUUUGCUGGAAUAAGUUGUCCUUGCAAGGAGCACACAUCAUAUCACAAAAGAACAUUGGAAUGGCAUACAACGAACCAUCCAUCUUGCUACGAGCUGGUUUGACACAGAAACAUCAAAUACAGAACGGACUGUUGUUGUGUAUCAAGUGCCAUGACCAAUUUGGUAAGCUAAAGCAAUAUGUGGAUGUAGUGGAUGACAAACUGGUGAUCAAAGUGAUCAAUGAGACGAAUGAUCUGACAAGUGACAAGCACAAGAAGAACGCACUAGAGUUCCACAAGACAGCAUGUCUCAUUUGGUGUAUGACUGGUGGUGCGGAGUUUGAUGAUGAAUAUUGUCCAUAUGAUGAUGAUGGCUGCACUCCUGUGGAUUACCAGAAUUCCAGUAAUGAUGAUGUUGCUACCAAUGAUCGUGGAACUGAUAGUGCAGUCUUUUUACACUGUGGUGGGACAACUCGGUAUCAUGUCAAUCAUGUCCAUCGUUGUGGAAAUCACUUGUUAAUCUACUCUGAAUGAACAACUUUCUUUCAAUCUGUGUAUCGACUGUAUCGAUUGUAUCGUCCAACAUCAAACAUUAUGUCAAUCAAUAAUAGUCAAAAUACAAUAUUAUAUUUUCUGUACGAUUAUUAUAAAUCACAAUCAAUGAAAUCCAUGAAAUCCAUGUAAGCUACCAACUCCAUCAAAACACUCACUUGCUCCAUUUGCCAUGAAGUUGUUACAACACUUUUGAUUCAAUGUCAGGAUGCCAAUCACUUUGUAUAUCCUGUAUAUCUUGAACCCAGUGGAACUGUCCGAUUUGUAGGACUGUCCGAGUUUUACACAACAUGAUGCUGGAAAGAACCAUCAAAUCACAAAUGAUUAAUUGUGAGCAUGAUAAUUGUAAAGCAUCAGUAUUUCUGUAGACAAAACACAAUCAUGACAAGAAUUGCAAAUCCAGAACAACAGGAUGUGACUAUUGUACAUAACUUGCAUCAAAACCUUGUUUGAAGACUUGUUUCAAAACUGGAUGUAAUGUAUUCUGGGUUGACGGAAAUGAAUAUUCAAAAUCGUUGACCAAUUGCAUGAAAACAGGAAUCACAAUCAGAAUUGAAAUUGGACACAUUAAAGUCAUUUGCCAUCAUAUCCCAUGGCCAGAUACCAGUAUUCAAAAU